GCGUGCUGGGGGGCUGCCAGCCCUGGGCUGGGGGCACGGCCAGAGGUCCUGACGCUUGCAGGGGCUGUACCCGGGGAGGCAAGUGCCAUGUGUGUGCCGAGGCGAUGCUGUGGAGUAGUCCCAGUGGGAAUGUGUGACAUCGAAGGGCAGGAUCAUGCCCAGGGGCUUGGCUUUGCCUUGCCUGAUCCCAUGGGUUGGGGCAGCCAGCUGUGUCCCACGGGGGGACCACGGGGGUCCCAGGGCAGAGCUGGUACCCAGACAAUGGCUGACGUGAGCAGCCUGUUUGUGGGGGCAUCUGCUUGUCUUCAGACAAGAGCACUGGGGUUCGGGAGAGGGAAACCCAAACCUCCAUCCUUGAGACGCUCCCUCUGUUUGCCGAGGAAAUCGGAAUUGGAAGCAGCUCUGCUCCAGCGCUUUCCCUAACCCCGCCGCUGCCCCUGUGCUGAUUCAUUGAUUUGGACGGGUUAUAUACUGGGAGGGGAAGCAUGAACCACACUCGGCUCUCUUGCCAGCACGGAGCUGUGCUCGCUCAGUGCUCGUGGCUGCAGGACACUUGGGUCCAAUGGAGCGGAGAGGCUGGUGGCGGUGGCUGCUGCUGCUGGUGGGCAUCCAGCUGGCCCGUGGCCAGUGCCCAGAGCAGUGCCAGUGCGCCCGCACCGCCCAGGUGGAGUGCUCCGGUGCCAGGAUCACCGCGGUCCCCAGCCCCAUCCCUGAGAAUGCCAUGACCCUCCAGAUCAUCAACACGCGCAUCACCGAGCUGGGCGACGCGUCCUUUGGCAACGCCUCCCUGCUGAUCGGGCUGCGCAUCGAGAAGAACAACCUGUCGCGCAUCAGCCCCGGGGCCUUCCAGCACCUGCCCGACCUGCGCUACCUCAGCCUGGCCAGCAACAAGCUGCAGGAGCUCCCUGUGCAGGUCUUCGAGCCCCUGGACAAGCUGGAGUCACUGCUUCUCUCCAGCAACCAGAUCCUCCAGGUCGAGCCUUCCCACUUCGCCCACCUGAGCAACCUCAAGGAGCUGCAGCUGCACGGGAAUAACCUGCAGGAGCUGAAGGAGGGGGUGUUUGACCAGCUCACCAGCCUCACCAAGCUCAACCUGGCCAGGAACAACAUCGACCGCCUGCCGCCCCGAGCCUUCGAGCGGCUGGCGCGGCUGCAGGUGCUGCGGCUCUAUGAGAACCGGCUCCGGCAGAUCCCGGCGGGAGCCUUCGAUGGGCUGCCAGAGCUGCAGGAGCUGGGGCUGCACCAGAACCAGUUGGAGACACUGUCCCCAGAGCUCUUCGUGCACAACGGGAACCUGCAGAAACUCUACCUCUCCAACAACCUCCUUGCCACCCUGCCAAGUGGCAUCUUCUUGCCCCUGCAUGCCCUCGCCAAGAUCACCCUGCACGUCAACCGCCUACGGGACAUCUCCCCCGGCGCCUUCGGGCCCACACCUAACCUGCGGGAGCUGUGGCUCUAUGACAACGAGCUUUCCACCCUCCCCACCGCCGUCUUCAGCAACCUCACCCAGCUGCAGCUCCUGGUCCUCAGCAAGAACCGGCUGCGCUCUUUGGCACCGGGAGCUUUCCGGGGCCUGGGGGAGCUGCUGGAGCUGUCGCUGCACUCCAACGCCCUGCAUCGCCUGGACACCCAGGUGCUGGAGGGGCUGCCCAAGCUGCAGAACAUCUCCCUGCACCACAACCAGCUACAGAUGCUGCCACGGGGCCUCUUCAGGGCCACCCCGGGGCUGCGGCACGUUCAGCUGCAUGCCAACGCCCUGGAGUACCUGCCCGCUGGCAUCUUCUCCCCGCUGGCCACCCUGCGGGAGGUGAAGCUGCACAACAACUCCUGGCGCUGCGACGAGGGCAUCCUGCCCCUGCGGGGAUGGCUGGAGAACAACCCCCACAAGGUGGGCGAGAUACCCCCGCUCUGCGCCCAGCCCCCUGCCCUGCAGGGCAUCCCCAUCGCUGGGUUGACGCAGGACCAGCUCCUCUCCCCGGGGUCCCCCACUGCCUCCCCCCAUCCCAGCACCCCGCUUCCCGAUCACUCCUCUGAGGUGGCAUUGCCAGAGGGUGCCUGGACGGAGGCCCCCAUGGGGCUGCCCGUUUCCCCCCAGGAGGAGGAGGAAGAGGAGGAGGAGGAGAGGGGCCGGUGGGGUCUGACGCGCAUGCAGAGAGGGGUGGUGGUGGCUGUCAUCGUGCUGGUGUGCGUGGCCCUGCUCGCUGCUCUCGUGGCAUUGGUGGUCUAUGGCUGUAGAAAGAAGAGCCAUGUCGUGCUCAUGAGGAUGAAGGCACCUAAUGAAGCCUGAGUGCCCGGCAGACCCUGGGGGGAGCAGUGCUGGUGGGGUGUCCCCUCCCCAUGGGGCUGAGGGACAGGAUGGCAGCUCUGUGUCAGCUGCCUUCGCUGAUUUGGACAGACCAGCAUCACCCUGUGUGCUGCGCGUCCCCCUGUCCUGCUCUGCUUUGCCCUGCCCCUGCUCCACAGCAGGGUGUCCCCCCGGGUGACCCCCCACAGCUGCCCUCUGUCCCCAACCCCUCCUGCCUCCAGCGUAGCCUCUUGUGCUCAUUCCCUGCCUGGGGGCAGCAGCCGGGGUGCUGAGAGGGACCCCUCGAGCAAGGAGCCACGUUCUGGCCAUGAUGGUGCUUACCCCAAACAACAGGACUUCCCCAUCCUUCACCCCACAUCCUCCCCUCCAGCACUGCCUGCUGCCCUUCCCCAGACCCUCUCCCCAUCUUUCCCUCCUCCAUGCCUUCAGGCCCAGCCCGCGCAGGCGGGUGCUCACCCUCACGCAGGCCCAGGAGCUGAGCACACACCUUUGCCCCAAGCAGAUCCCCAUGUCCUUGUCCUGCUUUGUAGCUUGGCUGCGUCUGGGCAGGAACAUCCCCGCGGGGCUGGGCUGCCCGGGCCGGGUGCUGCUUUUGGGGUGGCACACCCCGGGUGACGCGGCUGCAUCCAAGCCAUAACCCUCCCUGCCUGCAGGCACUGCCAGCGCCUUCCCUCACCCCAAGCAGCCUCCUGCUCCCCUCACGCUGGUGCUCACCCUCCUGUGGCCAUGUCCCUGCCUGCAGCACCCUGUCUUAGAUGGGUGGGUGACGGGGAAGCUUGCAUGGGUGCUGCCGUGGGGGAAUUAUAGAGGUGGGGUGAUGGGUGGGAAGCGUGGACCUGCUGCCUGGCUGUGCCUCUUCCCCAGGGGCACGUUGCAAAUGCCCUUUCUCCUGCGAGGGCUAUUUGCCAAGGGCUGGGAGAGGCUCCUGCGCUUGUACCCUAGGGCUGCUGAAGCAUCCUUGGGGCUGCUGCCUUAUGGGACCACUCCUGCUGCCCCCCAUCUCUGGCCCUCUCUGCCUCAACACACUUGUGGGUACCCUGCUGGCCCAUGAGCAGCCUGGCCCUGCUUUGCCUGGCAAAGCUACAUCCUUUCCUCUUCCCACCCCAAGUUUCCCACUCUAUGUGCCCAGUCCUGCUGCCUGCUUGCAGCCCUCAGGCAGGGGGAUUGCUGGUGGUGCACGCCAUGGUAUGCCUAUGGAAGAGUCCACCUCACCUCUACACAUGGUACAGCGGUGCCAGGCUGCCUGGGAAUCACUGCCACGGGACAAGCGUCGCACUUGAUGUGCACCCCAUGGUGCUGGCUGCUCAUGGCACCCUAUGAGCCAACACAGGCACAAGCAGCCCCACGCUCGUGCACAUGACGGGAUGUUCCUCUGGGCUGGGACAUGCACAGCAUUGGGAGAUGCGGGACCGUGCCAUGGGUCUGUUAGGUGCUGCUCUGUGAUCUCUCCAUUAAA